AUGAAGAAGACAAAUUUCAGUGAAAAAAUGAACUCCUUCUUGGAGGAUAAAAAAAAGAGGGAGGACAAUGUAUCCGCCCUUGAGGAAAAAAAAAAAAUUUUUUUUGAUAAAAGUAAUUUUACAGAACGGAGGAAUGACGAGUUGGCAAAAAAUUAUGAGCAGGUAAUUGCAGGGAGGCAGGUGACACACCAGACGGACAACAUUGCACAAGUCAUGAAAUGUGUAGAAGCCCAUGCGGAGCGCAGGAGUGGAGGAACGUUAGACGAGGAAAACGAAUCGAAUGAGCAGUACAACCAGGAGAAUGGGAGAGAGACACCACGGAAAGACACCAAGACGGGGUAUAACAACGCAACAGAUAUAGUGAACAUCGAAGGGAACUGCCACACUGAGCAAACAAUCAGCCAAGAAAGCUCAGGAUUGAAUGAGGGAUACACAAGCAAACACUCCUUACACAACGCUAUCAACAACCCAAUAGAAAAAAUGAAGAAGCUACGCAUAAAAAGCACACACAGAUAUUUGAACAAGGCAGAAGAUGAUUCUUAUAAAUUGAUAAAGGACUACCACAGAGAGGUCGACAACUGCAUGGAGGAAAUAAAAAGUGAAACUUUUUUAAAGGCGAAUUUGCUGAAGAGCGAAAUGGACAAAAUAUUGACCCAGGCGGAAAGACUCACAAAAGAAGCGCUUGACUUAAAGUGGGAUGGGAAUCCAUCACCAAGAGAAGAGAACUCACAAGGACAAAUGAAAAUUAACAACUUCUAUCUUACAUACUACACAACUUUGAUGGAGUUAAAAGUUCGUGAGAAGUUCAUCCCUUCAAGUGACAACGCAGUGGAUGGACCCCAAAUGAGCAGCACCCGCGUCAUAAAGGACUGCUCAGAAAAUACAAAAAAAUGUAUACUAAAUGAGAUCAAAAAAGAGGUAGAUAAAAAAAGAGAAGACAUGAAGGCGAAAUGGGAAUGUGUACAAAAUUUAUUUACCAAUUUGAAUGAAAAAAUUAAAAAUUUUAUUUGCCAUUUUGAGAGGAAACACGAAAAGGUAAUAAAAGGAAUGAGUGACAGUACUCAGUGUCUGGAAGCAAAAAUGAGGGAAAAAAUAUUCUUCAGCACAGAGGAAGCUUCCCAAAUUAUUAAUACCGAAAUGGAAAGGGGAAAACAAUUUUUUCUAGACUUUCUCACUCACUUUAAUGAUUACGUAACAAAGACAUAUAAUUAUGUGUACGAAAAAUAUCACCGAUGUGAAUAUAUUUUCCUCAGUGACAUGCUGCACCAGCAGAGCUAUCAAGACAUCUGUUGCGUGUACUCCACCAUUUCACAAAAUUACCUCAACAGUUUAUCCACGAACAAAAUUUUUAACCGCCUCAUUACCAUGUUCGAAGAUAAUUACAAUGCUGUGUACGCCAGAAGGGUUGGCCUCCCGUCUGACCAGUUCUUCAAUGGCUUCUUAUCCCCACAGCGGGGGGAGCUAACAGAGGGGGAAGCAGCGAAACACGACCAACGGCACUCCACCGAUAUCUACCAAAAUGCGAAUCAGCACUAUGAGGAGUACCUCAAAAGGUAUGAAGAGAUAAAGACAGAAAUGAUGCUAUACAGGGAGGCCAUGCUGCACACGUUGUUCCACUUGGGCAACUUCGCGGCUGCCGUCGGCGGGGGAACAGCAACGUCCACAACAACUACAACUGCGACAGCUGGGGGAAGGCAGCUGUGCAGGGAGGCCACAAAGAAGGCUGCGCAUAAUGUUUCCACAAAAACUCUCAAAAAGGCGCAGCGGGAUGGGAAGGAGAAAAAGGCAGACAGCAACCCAGUGGGAGACAACUUAGAGCCAAAACGGGAAUUACACGUAAAAGUAAAAAUGGAAAAUUACUCACAAGAGGAACCAAGUAUAGGCAAAAACCCAAAGGAAGGCAACCCCCUCCCUGAUGAGGUUAACCGAAUGGUAGAUGACCCAAGUGGAGUAACCCACGAAAAUGACAACCAAACUGACGAAAUAAUAAUCGCACAAAUUUUCAAAAACAAAAAUGUGUUCAAAAAAAUCACGAACAAAAUUUUGACGCAUUAUAACAUACUGAAUUUGAGAGACGAUUAUUUCCUACUCUCUUUUUUCUCCAUUUUGGAGACGUUAAAAAGUGAUAUACUGUUGAUGAGCUCCCACGUGGAAAGGAAAAUAAAUCAGUCUGUCCAACAGUGCAGUGAGAAGAACAGUAUGUUCCUCUACACCUUUGACACACUGUUGAGGGAGUAUAACUCCGUUGUGAAGAAAUGCCUGCAGUGCAAGGACCACUUGCUCAUGAAAAAGUUGCUGACCAUUAAGGACGAAGCGAAGAAAAAACUCCAAAGCCAUGUAAUACAAACGGAAGAGGAAUCUCGAACCAUUAAUGAGACUCUCUGCGCUCAGUCCCAACGUCUCUGGGGGGAUUUCUUGUUCGCCGCUUUGACCAAAGCCAAGGUGAUAAGCGCAGAGGGGGAGGAAGCGCUCUCUCUUCGUAGGGCUAACGAGCGAUGCGGCAUAAAUGAAACUGCAGGUGAGGGAAAACACACUGAUGAUAUAAAGGGAAAACAAAAAAUAAAAACCCAUGACAAUGAAAGGAACAUAAUCAGACAGCUAGUUGGGCCCAAACACACAUACACGUACGACGCAGAAAUGAUAUGGUACCACGCCUACACCACUUAUAAGAGUAACAUGAUGGGGCUGCUACAUCCUAGUAGGGACAUUGCAGCUGGUCUAGAAAGAAACGUCAAAAGGAAGGAGCGGACUGUUGGACAAACAGGAAAAAACGCCUCCAACGCUGCGAAGAAAAAAGAAAGCACAAUAAAGACAAACAUUGAGCAGAUUAGAAAAGAGUACAUUCAGCAGAGCGGGGAAGUGAAAGGAGGAGGAAACCACUUUGAUGAGGAGGAGGUUAAUCCAGACGGGACUCACUCUGUGGCGACAACGAAUGCACUACCUCAAGUGCCCAAAAUAUGUCCACCAGAUGAACUACUCUUCAAUGAGGACCUCCUAAAAGAGCUCUUCCAAAAUUUUACCUCCACCUACUACGAGCGCUUCAAAGAAAUUCUAUUCGAGCACCUGCUAAAGGCAAAAAUGAGAUCCGAAAAAGAAUGCACAAAAUGGUGCCAAAAAAUAGAGGCCCAUAUGUUCGAAGAGCAGAUCCAAAGAGAUGAAGAAAAAAUGAAAGAGCUAGCCAUCAAACUGGAAGAAAAAUUUAAAGCAAAUAAAAAAACGUUUGACAACGCUUCCAUAAAAUUGUCCCAACUGGUGAAGGAAUAUGAACACGUGAUAAAUGAAGAGUGGGAAGAUUACGAACACUUUAAAAAAAAUAUAUGUAUGAUGGAGAAAAUACUAGAACAAAACACAGACGACCACGAAUAUGAUAAGUUCACCAUUAGGUACAACCAACUCAUGGAAACAUUAAAAAUUAGCUUCAAAUCAAUUAGGGAAAAAUUAUUAUACGGUGAAAAAAAAUUAAAGGGAGAAAUUAAAAAAGUACAAACGUACUGCACCAUGCUCAUUAGGACUGGACAGACCAACGUAGACAUGGAUGAAAUUCAAACAUUUUUGCAUAAUUCAAAUAACCUUCUUCUUUCCAUUUGCCAGAAGAGACAAGAAAUCGAAAAUGUCUUCAACGCUAAUGAGUAUAUCUUUAACAAUAAAUUUAGGGCCAUCUCGUGUAGAAGCUCCAACAGGGGGGAAGGACAAUCUGGACCAGCAACACCUGCGCCAGACAGACAAAUGAUUGACUACCUAAUCACAAAGGAAGAAAUAAAAAAUAACCUCCUCAUUUUUUAUCUUCUAGUUUAUCAUAUCAGGGUGUGCAUUGGGCAAUCAACAGGACUAAGUGUGUCGGGGGUGCCAUAUCCUGAGGAGCGUAAGGCUAGACACCCAGCAUACACAUCUAAGGCCUCCCUGAAAAUGGAAAGGUCACCUAAAGACGCGCACAAUGGAAAAGGGGAAUCCAACCCGGCAAGCCCUUUUAACCUUGUGAGCCCUGUGAAUGGAGGGAACUUCUCCAAUGCGACCACCCCGCGAACCCACCAAAUAAUAAACCUCCAGGACAAAUUCACCCUCGUGCAAAACUGCAUAUAUGAAAUUGGGACAUUCCGAAAAAUAGAAAAAAGAUAUGAGUUGGACUUACCACGGAAGGAUUCCAUUGUGACAAAUUUUUUUCUCUCUCGCAUGAUAAGCCCGCACCUGCCCCACUUGGUGUUCUCCAAAGCUACCGGCAUGCAUGAGAGCCCAGAUGACUACCUCACCUUUGGCCUCGUUGAUAACGAGGCGAGACGCAAAGGAAAAGAAGCAGAACAAGAACAACAAAGAGGGGUGAAAGGGAUCGAGCAAAUGGGAAAGCAACCAGCCCCGGCGGGGUCUUCAUGCGAGACGGUUGCACCACAGAAGUGUGCCCCUAAACCCGACACUGGGGCAGAACACGAAACCUGCACGUCCGACACAAAAACGAACGUCAGAAGCACACAAAGAAUCACACACACUGGGAUGAAGAUAAAACAGAACAGCAAGAAAAGUGAAUCGAACAUCGUGAAAGAUAACCCCCCUGAUGCGUCCUCCUAUGCGGAGAAUGAAAUUAUACGAAAGGACUACCUCGAUGUGAAGUUCUUCCUCUACACAUGUGUGUACAUUAUCCACCUAAUAAGUAACGUAGUCCAAAAAACUCGUUCCAAAGAUUUCCCCAAGGAAAGACAACCAAAAUACCACCACUUCUUAUUCAUCUCAUACGACCUUUCACAUAUCAUAUAUAAGAACAAUAUAUUGGCGGACAAUGUAAAGAGCAAGAAAGCCGCUGUGACUGACCUAAUGGUGAACAAGAAGGCCAUGUCUUCUUUUGUAUUUUGUCCCGAUCAUGUGUCACGCAGAACGGAGCUCAUUCAUUUGUUUAAAUUUGAAAAGGAAACCGUGUCGGAACUGUUCGAGAGGACUUUUGCUCAACUUCGCGCUCUGCAUUCCGCCAGUGCAAACGACAUUCUUGUUGGGAAGAUACACAGCGAGUACGCGGAAGACAUAUAUACCCUGGCCACUUACCUGAAAGUCCUGUUAAAGAAAGCUGCUUACUUCACCUUCCGCUGCAUCUACAAGCGCCACGAAUCUAUGUGCACCGAACGAAUAAACACCAUGCAAAAAAAUUUGCUGAAAAAAUUUAAAGAAUUAAAUGAGGACCUCAAAGUUACAGAUACAGGGGAAGACACAGCUAGCCACGUCACAAAGAGGAAACAAGCCAUCAAGUCCCUAUUCCAUUCAUACGUUUCAGUGAUAAGAGGAAUGCUAACAAACCAUCUCAUGUACCUGCAUGACAAUCUGUGCAACAAUGUCAUUUUCUGUGUUCAUGUGUUAAGUCUCUUGCCCGCUGGUUCCUUCUCAAGUGGAGACACCCCACUCGGUAGAGACUCUCCCCCAGAGAAGGCAAGCACACAAGGGGCUGGAAACUUGGCCUUUUUAAAAAUUCACCACGUGGAUAUAUCUGCUGAAUACGACCUCAGCGACAUCGUCAAAAAGAUCGACAAGGCGUAUGGCGCCGCGGGCGAUCACAGCAAAGUGGACAGCGGCGCGAAGCAGAAGAAGGACGCGGAGAUAUUCUACCUACCCUACAACGAGGAAAACCUCUACAUUGCUAAAAAAUUGGAACAAAAAAUGAACAAGUACGGGGAAAGGCUUUACGCACACAUGGCAAAAGCAAUGGACGAAAAGAAAAAGGAAAUAAUCAAAAUAAUUUCCAACGAUGUGAAGGAGCACCGGAGGUACUACGAGUGA